AUGGAGGAUUUUCAAGUAUACAUCCAAGUAGCAACCAUUGGGUUAGUUUCGUUGAUCUUGGUUCGAGCCAUUUUUAGCAGAAUACAAAAGAAGCCUAAUUGCCCACCUAGCCCACUGGCUUUGCCCAUCAUAGGACACCUCCACCUUCUUGCUCCCAUUCCUCAUCAAGCUCUUCGCAGCCUUUCCCAACGCUACGGACCCAUCAUCCAACUUUUUCUGGGCUCUGUUCCAUGUGUUGUAGCUUCCACUCCAGAAACCGCCCUUGAGUUUCUCAGAACUCAUGAAGCUUCUUUCUCCAAUCGCCCUCAAAAUACUUCCGUUGACUUCUUGACCUAUGGCUCCCAGGACUUCUCCUUCGCUCCCUACGGCCCCUACUGGAAGUUCAUGAAGAAACUGUGCAUGUCUGAGCUUCUCGGUGGCCGGACGCUCGACCAGCUCCUUCCGGUGCGGCGGCAGGAGACGCUGAGAUUUCUAGGGCUUCUGCUGAACAAGGCCGAGAGGGGUGAGGCGGUGGACGUUGGAGCAGAGCUGCUGACACUGUCCAAUAACAUCGUGUCCAGAAUGCUCAUGGGUCAAACAUGCUCUGAGGAUGACGGUGAAGCUGAAGAGAUCAGGAAGCUAGUGAGAGACACCGCCGAGCUGACGGGGAAGUUCAAUGUUUCGGAUUUUAUUUGGUUCUGCAAGAACUGGGAUUUGCAGGGAAUCAAGAAAAAAGCAAAGGAACUGAGGGACAGGUUCGACAGUCUCAUGGACAGAGUGAUAGGAGAACACCAGGAGGAGAGAAGGAAGAUGAAGGAAGUAGGUGAGGUCUAUGAAGCGAAGGAUCUGCUUCAUAUUUUGCUAGACAUAUAUGAAGAUGAGAACUCAGAGAUAAAACUGAACCUAGAGAACAUAAAGGCCUUCAUCCUUGACAUAUUCAUGGCAGGAACAGACACUUCAGCCUUAACGACGGAAUGGGGACUUGCGGAGCUAAUAAACCACCCAAGUGCGAUGAAGAAAGCGAGAGAAGAGAUAGAAAGAGUAGUAGGAAGGAGGAGGAUAGUAGAAGAAUCAGACAUUCCGAACCUUCCCUACCUGCAAGCGAUAGUGAAGGAAACCCUAAGGAUACACCCAACAGGACCGUUAGUGGUGAGGGAAUCGAGCGAAAGGUGCAGUGUGGGAGGGUACGAGAUUGCAGAGAAGACGCAGCUGUUUGUGAACGUGUGGGCCAUAGGAAGGGACCCAAACUACUGGGAAAACCCAGAGGAGUUCAGGCCAGAGAGGUUCAUGAUGACGACGAGUGAAGAAGGAGGAGGAAGAGGGAGAAAGAAGCAGGUAGAUGUGAGAGGGCAACACUUUGAGUUGAUACCAUUUGGGAGUGGAAGAAGAGGGUGUCCUGGAACAUCUCUGGCUUUGCAGGUAGUGCAGGCGAAUCUGGGAGGCAUGAUUCAGUGUUUUGGGUGGGAGGUAGAAGGAGGCAAGGCAAGUGUUGACAUGGAAGAGAAACCAGGCCUCACUCUUUGCAGAGCUCAUCCUUUGAUCUGUGUCCCGUGCCCUAGCCUCACUCCCUUUCCUUCUUUCUGA